AUGAUCUCGGCAGUCGUCAUCUUCCUUUCCGCCAUCACCGUCUCGAAUGCCUGCGUGCCCACCACCACGACGACGACCACCACCACUCGUGAGCAUUCUCUUCCUCAGCAUCUGCUCAUUCCUCUCAAUUUCUAGCCUGUUGCACAAUGCUCUCACAGUCCGUUCUGCCCAGAAGAGCCCCUUCCGUCUCCACCCAAGAACAGUGCUCCGUCCUUCAACGAGUCUCUUCCACUUGCCCCGUUGACGGAAUCGUUGUCUGUGAUGCUGCUCAAGAGACUAACGUAAGUGAACUUUCCCUUCUCUCAACUUCAAUCGUGUUCUUCCAGCCAACCUCCAUCUCGAUCGAAUUCUUCAGUUCUAGCGGUACCGUGGUUCGUACGGCGACAGUCACUGGCAGCCCGGCCUCUUCUGUCACUGUCAAGGUAACCGUACUCCUUUUCUCUUUCAAACUACUUCACUUUUUGACAGGUCGUCUGUGUGAACGGAGUCUGGCGUGUUCCAGAUUCGACCGGAAGUUCCACCAGCCAAGCCAUUAGCUCCGUUUCGUGCUCUCAGGCCGGAUCUCAAGGAACGGACCGAGGAUACAUUAUUGGAACUUCUAUCUAG